AUGAGGCCGUUGUCAGUCCCUCCGUGUUCGUCCCUGUUGGCCCCUGCUCUGCUCUCUGUGGCCAUGCUGGUUCUUCUCAGUCCUCCAAGGAGCGAUGCCUUCCCCCAGCCCAUCUCCUUGUUGGCCUCUCUCGGAGACCCAGACUGGGAGGCUGCCCUGCGACAGCUGGAUGCACCGGCGGCGGUGGGCCUGCCUGCCAUGCUCCAGCCCUAUGGGCUCACCCGGGACCUGGUGCCUGAGGUGGCGCGACUGAGCCUGGGUGAGGGGGUGGAGAGGAGCUGGGGGGAACAGCCGCAGGUGGUGGGGGUCGCUCAGCGGCGGGACUUGAGAAGCGAGGACUUUGGGAAACGGCUCCCGCUGGGAACGCUUCCGGAGGCUUCCAUGAACUUGCUGCACUUCCAGGAUGCUGGGGAGGAGGAGGGGGAGAGGAGGAACGAGGCACUGCACUCCAUCGCUGGCGGCUUGCAGGCUUUCAACAGGGAAAAGGGAGGCUUUGGCUUUCGUUUUGGCAGAAAGUGA